UUGAACAUUUUGAACCGAAAAUUAUUAAAUAAUUAGCUGCCACACUUGAACUGGUCCAGACUUUAUCUUUAUAUUAAUUAGCUCGAUCAAUUAUGGGCUUAAUCGGUAACCUGGGGCUUACUUAGCCUCUAAACGGCUUAUGUAAUUAUGUAAAAUGUAAACGCCACACACACAAGCCUGCCGGUUCCUUUUAGGAGCUCUUUAAUUUUUGCAGUUGAAGUUUUUUGUAGUUUUUGUGAAUCACAUCUGAAAAUUAAAUCAAAUUACAUCAUUAAAUAUUAAAAAAAUUUCGAUUGUUGAAUCAUCCAUUUGAUUCCAAUUCGAAAAUUCCCAUUGUUGCCAAAAUACAUUUUCAAAUCCGUUCUGAUUUUUCUGUUGAAUUUCAAGCUUAAUUCUUCGCCAUGGACGAAUUUUUCCGCAUCGUACUUUUCCUUUUUAUUUGCAUUGGGGUGAUAAUCUGGCGCCCAGACGACAUUAUCUACAUGUUGAAACACUUGGCAGAGUUAGCACUCAUAGCCCUUGUCGUUUACCUUCUGUUUCUGAAUGCUUCGUCCCCGGAACAAAAAUCCUGGCAAGAAAUCCUUGACGAGCACAAGGACGUGAUGAGGUCAUCAUACUGCCACCACGUCCACCACCUCACAGACUUGUGCCUCGAUAGGAGUCUGGUGGGGAUCGACGUCAUCGACGAGAAGCGGCAGGCCGAGGUGGCGCGCCUCGCCAGGGUGGCCGCCGAGUUGGAGGAGGCCUUACUGCAGUUCCAGCGAAAGAGCAACGAGUUGGCCGAGCAGACCCAGCAGCACGACUCGCUCAAGCACCUGAGCCACCUGGAGGGCGACGAGGAGCGCGCCCGCGACGCCGCCAAACCCGACCCUGAGCGGACAAACUUCGAUGAGCAGAUCGACGCCACCUUGCUCGAGCUGGAGACGCUGAAGGCGCAUCUGGCGCUUGGUCUGGCGCGCUUCGAGGUGGAGAACGCGUGGCUGAGCGGCGUGCAAGAGGCCUUCGAGCAGCAACUCGCAGACGACGAACUGCGCCUCAGCGAGGCCCACGGCCGCCUGGCCGCCCUGCAGGACAUGGCCAGCGACCAACUCGCCCUGGGCGACGACCCCGACUUUGAGCAAAUGGUGGAGCAGCAGGUGCUGAGCGUGCGGCAGUUGGAGGCCAGGGUGCGGCAGCUGCGCGAGCAGAAGGCGGCCACGGACGUUAAGGUCGCCACCCUGAGCGGCAACUGCGAGAACAUGCGGCGCCAACUGGAGCGCAACUGCGAGAAGAUGCGGCGCCAACUGGAGCACCUGAGGCAGGGCGGCGCCUCGGCCAGGGCCAACAAGUGAUUGAUGCGGCCGAGAAUUAAUGACAAAUAAAAACGUUUCUUUGUUCUUUGCAUUUGAAUGAAAUAGAUAGAGUAUUUAUUGAACACAACUAGGUGUACAACGGGUGUCUAAAGCUAAUUUGUCUUCCUAAAAUUAAUUUUACAAUUAAGCUUGUUUCGAUAAUUAUUACAAAGUACAAAAUUAGUUAAUUUUGAUUUUUGCAGCCUCUCUUAGGCUUAGUUUUCGUUCAUUACAUUCAAGAAUAUGAUAUUGUGAACAUUUCUUACCGCAGUGCUUGCAUUCACAAUCUAUUGUCGCUUGAGAAUGAAAAUUUUUAUUCUUACAAAAUAAAUAGUGGUACCCGUGACAGGCAAAUCUCGUAAACACUUGGCGAUCACUGAACAUUGCACAUUGCCAAUUUUUAUUCUUCAUAGUUUCUGUCUCGUAGAACUCAUCACAUAUCUCAAGUUUGUUUAAAUAUUUAGACACACAAAAUUUCUGGAAUGCUUCAGUUUCAGUUAGAGAAUAUUUUACCUGUAAGUCCGAUACAAAGAGAUCAGUGUCAACUAAUUCAUACACAAAUCUAGAUCUAAUAUACUUGGACAGUCCUAAAACUCUUUUUAAAUAUCUUGUUUUGACUUUUUCAAGAUUUUCAAAAUCAGUCUUUGUUAGGAAAGGCCAUAUUUCUUCAAUGCCGUAGGACGCAAUUGGGGAAAUUUUUAGAUCAAAUAGCUUGUGUGCUGUUUCAAUGGAUAAUUGUUUUAGUUCUCGUAUAUUAUAAGUGGCCAGCAAUGCAGCUCUUGUUCUUUUUUCAAUGUGCUUUCCAAAAGAGAUUCCUGAUGGUUGAAAAGUAACUCCUAAAUAUGUAAACUCAGCAACUCUCUCUAUUUCAAUUCCACCUAAAUCUAGGCGGUCACUUAAUGCAUAUUUUCCUAGACCCUUAUUUCUAAAUUUCAUGAAUUUGCA